ACAACCUCAUCCAUCUCCCCCACGCUCUACACACUGCCUGCGCCCGCCAUGUCUGCCGCAGAGCUCUACUGGCCGCCAAAGGUCUACCCCGUGACGGCGGAGGACGCCAACCACCACAAGCGCGCACUCUUCGUAUGCCCCUUCACGCCCGCCAUCCUCGCCAACCCCUCCCCGCUCCUGCACGCGCUGGGGUACGCCGCGAGCCAGGCGACGGAAAGAUGCAUCGUGCUGUUCUCGACGCCGACAGGGCCGCAGCUGUAUCCUGCUCUCCGGGCGGCGCCGAAGCAGCACUUCGCUGCGCUCAGCCGCUUCCUCGCGCAGGUGUACUCGGUCCUCGCCGCAGGCCAAUGGGAGGCCGGGCGGCCGCUCACUGACGUCGAGGUGCGCUUCGACGGCGAGGAGGGCGACUGGGCACUCAAGCUUGGCUCGCUCAGCUUCGUUAUCGGCUUCGAGGGCUUCGAGGGAUUGGCGGCGGACAUCCUUGCCCAAGCCGCUCCGGAUCUGACAAGCAAUGAGCGCCGCCUCGUUCAGAUCGAGCCCGAGCUCGACCAGCUCGUCCAGAAUGCUGGAGAACUUCCCACCGCCUCGGAACUAGGAUACAAGGUCUCUGCGAUGGGCGGGACAUUCGACCACCUGCAUGCGGCGCACAAGCUGCUCUUGCACAUGGCGCUGUUCGCGACGGAGCAGCGCCUCAUCGUCGGCGUCAUGGCCCACCGAUUGCUCGCGACCAAGAGCCACGCUGCAGUACUUGACAACCUCGACACGCGUCUCGGAGCUGCGACAGCGUUCCUGCGCCGCUGUGGCGGUGAAGCGCGUGGCAUUGUUCUCGACGUCGUUGAAAUCCAGGACGCCCUCGGCCCGACUGCGUGGGACCCGGAAAUCUCCCUCCUCGUCGUCAGCAAGGAGACGCUCAGCGGAGGCAACAUGGUCAACCGCGUGCGCGGGGAGAAGGGGCUGAGCGUGCUCGACAUGCUCGCGAUCGAUGUGAUCAGCUCGGAGUUUGCGCACGACAAGAGAAGCACGCGCGACCUCAGUGCGGUCGAGGAAGCGCUCCUCAAGGACGCCAAAAUGGGCAGCACAGGCAUCCGCGACUUCAUCGCGCGGCAGCAGCAGAGCCAACAAUAGAGUGGUUACAUGUACAGUAUGCUAAGUGGUGCCGAUUUGGCGGUUGUCGUCGAGGGAGUCGAGCAUCAGCAGUUCGGGCUUGAACGGCCACUUGGCGAAGACGUCGACGAUGCGCUGCCACUGCUCGAUGGUGAGGUGCCGCACCGUCGUCUCGGGGUUGCACGGCAGGCCAGCAUAUUUGCUGGUUGUCUCGCUUUCGCGGAUCUUGGGGAUGAGGUUCUCUGCCCCGAACCCGAGCUUGGGCAUGGCCAACGAGAGCGGCCUGGCCUCCUGCACGAAGCAGUGCCGCAGGACAAAUUCCCACUCCUCGCGCUGGUCGAGGCGGAUGGGCGAGUCGAGGCGUGGGAUAAGCUCGACUCCGAGCAUGGGCGGGCGCGGCAGCU